GCUAUAAAAGGUCGUCAUGGAUAUGGUGAAUAGUGCAAGCUCUAGCAGGAAGAAGAAUAAAAAAGAAGAAGCCUCACCUCUUCUUCUUGUGAGAGUAAAAAAAAAAAACUCCAAAAAAACAGAGUCAUCAAAAAUAGAAAAAAAAAGAAGCAACGCCAUGGGGAGUGGUAAAGUGACAGUUGUGGCUUUGCUACUUUGCCUAUCCGUAGGGGUGAUAGCUGAGGACCCUUACCUCUACUUCAAUUGGAACGUUACCUAUGGCACAAUCUCUCCAUUGGGUGUGCCACAACAAGGUAUCCUCAUCAAUGGGCAGUUUCCAGGGCCUAGAAUUAAUUGUACCUCCAACAACAACAUUGUCGUCAAUGUCUUCAAUAACUUGGAUGAGCCAUUCCUCUUUACCUGGAGCGGUGUCCAACAUAGGAAGAACUCAUGGCAAGAUGGUACCUCAGGAACCAUGUGCCCAAUCAUGCCUGGUAAAAAUUUUACCUAUCGCUUCCAGGUCAAGGACCAGAUUGGUAGCUACUACUACUUCCCAACCACAGCUUUGCACCGGGCAGCAGGUGGUUACGGUCCCAUCAACGUCCACAGUCGUGCUCUCAUCCCUGUUCCUUUUGACAAUCCUUCUGAUGAGUACAAUGUGUUCGUGGGUGAUUGGUACAACAAGGGCCACAAGACUUUGAAAAAGGUUUUGGACGGUGGACGCACCAUUGGUAGACCUGAUGGCAUUAUCAUCAAUGGUAAGUCUGCUAAGGUUGGUGAGGCAAAAGAGCCACUCUUUACCAUGGAGGCUGGCAAGACCUAUAGGUACAGGUUCUGUAACCUUGGCAUGAGGUCCUCAGUCAACGUUAGGUUCCAAGGCCACCCAAUGAAAUUAGUCGAGAUAGAGGGAUCCCACACCGUACAAAACAUCUAUGAUUCAUUGGACCUCCAUGUUGGUCAGUGCCUCUCAGUAUUGGUGACUGCUGAUCAGGAGCCCAAGGACUAUUACUUAGUUGUUUCAAGCAGGUUCUUGAAGCAAGAACUCUCCUCUGUGGCCAUUAUUCGUUAUGCCAAUGGAAAGGGACCAGCAUCUCCUGAGCUCCCAGCAUCCCCACCGGACAACACUGAAGGCAUUGCCUGGUCCAUGAACCAGUUUCGCUCCUUCAGAUGGAACCUGACCGCUAGUGCUGCCCGACCCAACCCUCAGGGUUCCUACCAUUAUGGACAGAUCAAUAUCACCCGCACCAUCAAGAUCGUUAACUCCAUGGGCCAAGUAAAUGGUAAGCUUAGAUAUGGUUUGAAUGGUAUCUCGCACUCUGAUACAGAAACUCCAUUGAAGCUUGUAGAGUACUUUGGAGCUGCCGAUAAGGCCUUUAAGUAUGAUCUCAUGGCCGAUGAAGCCCCAGCUGAUCCAAGCAAGCUCACUAUUACCACAAAUGUGAAAAACGCCACCUAUCGUAACUUUGUGGAGAUCGUCUUUGAGAAUCACGAGAAGAGCAUCAGGACCUAUCACCUUGACGGAUAUUCCUUCUUCGCAGUGGCUGUUGAGCCAGGGAAGUGGAGCCCAGAGAAGAGAAAGAACUACAACUUAGUGGACGCAACAAGCAGAAACAACAUCCAGGUGUAUCCAAACUCAUGGGCAGCAAUAAUGUUGACAUUUGACAAUGCAGGAAUGUGGAACUUAAGGUCAGAAAUGUGGGAAAAGACCUAUUUGGGAGAGCAAUUGUACUUCAGCAUUCUCUCACCAAGCCGUUCACUGAGAGACGAAUACAACCUCCCAGAUAACCAUCCUCUCUGCGGUGUUGUCAAGGGCAUGCCCCUCCCAACUCCAUACAAGGCUUAAUUAAAUCUCUCUAAUAAGGGGAUGGCUUAACUAUUAAUGGAUUCCAUGUAUUUUUUUCCCUUCCCCAAAAAUAUCAAUGAAUAAAAAGUUAUUUUCUUUCAUU